AUGGAUAUAAUUUCGGGUCUUCCCAAAGAGACCCUCUCUGAAAUCCUCAGCUACUUGCUGAUUAAACAUGCUUUUGGAGAUAUCAGAACUUGCUGCCUUGUCAGUAAAACAUUUAAUUCUGUAGCCAGUCGAAUCCUCUACCACCAUAUAACUCUUUCUGGUGUUGAUCAUAUAGGACCAGCGCCAGAGCUCGAGGUUUCUUUGCUUCGACCUGGUCAUCAAUCGCUUCAGCAUGUUAGAUCAAUUACCGUGGAUAUUCGCGAUCCAGAACUUUAUGAAAUUGUGUGGCCCGACGAACGAUACUUUUAUGAAGACAUAGCCCUGUUACAGAUGGCAGGACUCUUGAAUCGCUUGGUCGAACGAGUCGGCGAGGAUAAAAUCAAGGCGUUGGACGUCUUCCUCAAGGCUUUUGGUGACGCUAUUAAAAACGAACCGCAAACUUCUCCAGUCGACAUAUGGUCGCCGAAGAGCGUGACAGCAUAUAAUCAAGAUUUAUCUCUUGAGGCCUUGACAAUUUAUGGGAUCGGAACGAUUUCCAUCAGCCCCAUCCCGGCUUGGGAGAUGUGCCAACAAAAUUACCGAAUGCUCAAACGUUUAAAUUUCCAUGGAUUUAUGGGACCGUCGGUACAUGGAUACUACCCCAACACCAUCCCUGGGAAUGAUCACUUAGCUCGAGCCAUUAGCGGGCCGCUCCAACUUGAUGCACUUGAGAGUCUUAGUUUCAAGGACCUUAAAUGGGAUUCCCGUCCAGAACCCAACAAUAGCCUCGAUGCUUUUCUCUCAGAGUUAGAAAUGGGGGUUUUCUCAGCCUGUGCCGGGCAAAACAUCAAAACAGUCAGCUUUUUAGACUGUGGUUCAACAAAGAUGCUAACUCUAGGAUGCGCCCGAUUUUUGAAUCACAUUACAAACCUCACCAUUGAGAUAUCGGGCACCUUGGAAUACCUAGAAACUUUGCUCUGCAAACUCUCAUGUGGGCUUUCAUCGUUAUAUGUCAAGUGGUAUCCUUGCCCCGAAAACAGAAAUUGGAACCACAGACUCGAUCGAGAUCCAGCUCUGGGAAAGGUCGCGUUCGUGAAGCAUUCCACUACGCUGAAAAGUCUCUACCUGAACAAACAAUCAGGUCAUAAGUUUUGUGUGAAGGGUCCAGUCAGUGCCGAAGGCGGUGAUCCUUUGGACCUGGAGACAAUAUCAAAAUUUCCGUUACUAGAGUAUUUGGCUCUUCCACUAGACGAGCCCGACUCAUGGAACCCUGGAGUAGUGAAAUUUCAAACCCUAAAAUUUAUUCACUUCUUAGAGCCUUUCCCCCUUCGCCCAGGAACUGAGAGUGGUGCCAUAGAGAAUUUUCUUCGUUGGUUGUCACCUUCUCACGAAGAGCCAAAUACGGGCACCGUCUCAAAGAGUGUGAAACUCAAGGCUCUUGUAACCCCCUCCAAUUGGUCUCCUUACGGUCGCUCCACGCCGUAUUUGGUCUAUUUUCGGAGUUGCUCUGAACCAUUCUAUUUCGAGUCCCCAUGCAGGGCAUUUAGGGAACUAUGUUAUUGGCACCCUGACAUUGAGGAGUUUUGCAUGAAGGGGGAUACCUCAUUUUGUCCAUUCAAACAGGAUGGAGGAUCGCCACCAACGGGUCGGGGUGAGGAGUUCUGCAUGGAGGGAGAUAUCGAUACCCCAUUUUGCAAAGUUUGCCUGGCAUUGCGGCCAACGAACGGUGAACAUUCUGAGUGA